UAAAGGAAGAUGGUAUUGUUGAUUUGGACACUGACUUCAGCUCGCUCCCAUAAUGGAUAUCAAUGAAAGCGAUGGUUAGCACCUGGCUUGCAGAUGCAAUCAUGUAUGAACUCUGGGUGGGGUCUGAUGGAACCUCUGCCCGAACAAUUUAUGACUCUAGCCUCCCUUGGUUGAUAGGAAAGGCUCUAUUAAUGAAACAAGUGCACGCUGUUAAGCAGCGACUUGGGAUAACUAAAGAAAAUGCUGAACGAAGGGAAGCAGAGAUCUACAAGAGAGCGAAAAUUGCAUAUGGAGCUUUGUCAACCACAUUAGGGGAUCACACAUUUCUUUUUGAAAGGCCAUCUAGUUUGGACGCAUAUUUCCUUGGGCAUCUCCUUUUCACUCUUCAAGCAUUUCCUUGCACUCUUGGAGCAUGGUAAUCUCAUACGAUAUAGCAUGGUCUUCUUCUGUCCCGCAAUUCCUUUCAGACGCUUCAUCAACUUCAACUAGACGUCCUUCAAAUUGAGGCUCAAAACCUAAGAAGCGACCCAAGAGGGAAAGGACAGAAGAGGAGAAAACUUUCAGAAGAAGGAAAAGAUACUUUCUAGUAACACAAGUAGUUGCAGUUUUAGUUUUUCUAUAUGUCAUGAGCAGUAAUGAUUUUUCUGAGGUGGAGGUUGAUGAUGAUGAAGAUGAAGAUGAAGGCUUCAGUUAUGACUGAACAAGCAUUCAUUUUUUGACAAAUUUGUAUUUUCCUUGACAAUUUUUUUCCUCAUGACAAUUGAGUCAUGGACAUCACUGUGAGAAAGAUAGUUUCCUUUUUACCUUGAAAGAUUUGUUUACCGUUUCUGGUGA